AUGUCAGACUUUCCGCGCGUAGACCUAUCCAGCGCAGCGGAUCUGGAUCGUAUACUUGACAAUAUCCGUACGCACGCCUUGCAAUUGCUAUCAGAUCGAGUAGAGAGGGAACACCAAGCUUCCGGGUCCAAAAGCAAGUCCUCCUCGUCUUCUUCGAGCAGAUCAGCUAUCGAAGUCGGUCAAAAAGCCAUCGACAUUGUGCGUAGAUGGAGGUGCUCAAGCCUUUGGUGUGCUUUCCAUCGAACAAGCAAAGCGCAUAUAUGUAUCAGCACAGCUCACAGUCGUGCUCUUUCCUGACCUACUCCGCCCACAUUCCCCUGCCACCGGUGAUAGUGGAUUGCAAGUGCGCGCAGAAGGCUAGAACUGAACAUCACUGCAAACGGACUGACAUUUUCUCAGUUGGCAAGUCAAAAGACACGUGAGUGCAUGCAUACAUCCCCUGCCCCUCCUGAAUCCUUGUCUUACAAAAUGUGAAGUGUCUUCGAUGUUGCCCCCCAGCGGUGGCACCAUUCGAUCAAGUUCUUUCUCAGCGCGUACAGUCCUUGGCGGCCGAAUCGGACGAUUUGACUGCUCAGCUGGUCCACUCGAGAAGGACUGUGCCGCAAAGAAGAGCAGAUGCUUUAGCAGCCAGAGCCAAUGUCGUCCGCACGCUUGCGGCAAAGGAAGAAGAGAAGAGGCAAUCGGUAGAGGAAGAAUGGGCAAAGAGGGAUAAAGAUCAAGUCGAUCGUGAGUCUGCGCCCGUCCGCUCUUCAUCUCGAUCUGAGUUGCGGCGUAUUGAAGCCCGUCGGAGUUGCUCAUUCUUUUGCCUUUCCUUGCGCUGCAUUUUCCCAUCACUGCACCCACAAUGACCACAGUGUCCCUACCUCGAGCUGAAGGUGUGCGCAAAUCGCUGCUUGAAGCCGUCGGCUCCAUCGACGCGCUACAAGUGGCCCUGUUGGAACAAACCAGUGAAGCGCAAGAUCACACGGAUUUGGUCAGACGUCUGAGAGGUUUGGCAGAGCAGCAACUGAAAGCUUGA